GUCCAGAGGUGUUGGACUCGUGGGGUCCCUUUGACCCCUCCUGCAUCUUCCCUCCCCGCGUGGACUCUGCCCUGGAGCUGGAUUGAAUGGGUAUCUGUACACAAGCCUGGGAGGAGGGGACGCCUGUCUCCCUGGGGUUUCUUCCUUGCAGAAGUGUACAGUUCCUCCGAGUCACAAAGCAGUACCUGCCCCAUGUGGCGCGCCUGUGCCUGAUCAGCACCUUCCUGGAGGACGGCAUCCGCAUGUGGUUCCAGUGGAGCGAGCAGCGUGACUACAUCGACACCACCUGGAGUUGUGGCUACAUGCUGGCCUCAUCCUUCGUUUUCCUCAACCUGCUGGGGCAGCUGACUGGCUGCGUCCUGGUGUUGAGUAGGAACUUCGUGCAGUAUGCCUGCUUUGGGCUCUUUGGAAUCAUAGCCUUGCAGACAAUUGCCUACAGCAUUUUAUGGGACUUGAAGUUUUUGAUGAGGAACCUGGCCCUGGGAGGAGGCUUGUUGCUGCUGCUGGCGGAGUCACGUUCUGAAGGGAAGAGCAUGUUUGCCGGCGUCCCCACCAUGCGCGAGAGCUCCCCCAAGCAGUACAUGCAGCUGGGAGGCAGGGUCUUGCUGGUUCUCAUGUUCAUGACCCUCCUUCACUUUGAUGCCAGCUUCUUUUCGAUUGUGCAGAACAUCGUGGGCACAGCUCUGAUGAUUUUAGUGGCCAUUGGUUUUAAAACCAAGCUGGCUGCUUUGACUCUUGUUGUCUGGCUGUUUGCCAUCAACGUGUAUUUCAAUGCCUUCUGGACCAUUCCCGUCUACAAGCCCAUGCACGACUUCCUGAAAUACGACUUCUUCCAGACCAUGUCGGUGAUUGGGGGCUUGCUCCUGGUGGUGGCCCUGGGCCCUGGGGGCGUCUCUAUGGAUGAGAAGAAGAAGGAGUGGUAACAGUAGCAGAUCCCUGCCCUCCCUGGCUAAGACCCGCGGUCUUAGAGGACUGGUUCGGGGUGGAGUCAACAAAACUGCCAGCAUUUAUGUAUCCUCUCCCCUCCCCCUCCCUUGGUAAAGGCACAGAAGUUGGGAACUUUA